CCAAAUCUUUGGUACCAAUUCCGAUGUGCAGCUGUGACUCAAGGAGGGCUCGGUCAAUGGAGCGAGGCGAUCACUUGCGUCUGUCCUAUGAGAAGGCCGGCUGAGAAAUCCCGGGUUUUGUGCUGUGCGACUGGUCUGGAAAUGCCUGGAAGCAUCGGAGGGCCUGAACGGAGGAUCGUCCUGGUGGGCGAAAGUGGAAGUGGGAUAAGUGCAACGGGAAACACAAUCCUGGGAAGCAAAGUCUUUCACUCUGGGUGGUCACCAAAGGUAGUACUAAGAGUAUGCCAGAAGGAGGAGACGCAGCUGAAUGGCAGGAAGGUUGUGGUUGUAGAUAUGCCUGGCUUUCUCCAUACCAGUCGUGCAGACAAGUAUAUUGCUGCAGGAGUGAGAAAGAGCAUGAAGUUUUGCUCCCCGGGUCCCCACGUCUUUCUGCACGUCAUGCAUCCUUUGGGUUUCUUCCGGCAGAUCAAAACGUUUUUUGGCCAUAAAGCCACGAAUUACACGAUCAUCUUGUUCACCGGCAAAGAUAGCCUGGAAGGUGAAUCUCUAGAAAAUUUUAUAUCUUCCAGAAAAGAAAAUCUGAAGGAAUAUAUUGCUGAAUGCGGGAACCGGUUCCUGGCUUUCAACAACAAGGCCGAAGGGGCGGAACGAGAGGCUCAGGUGGCUGAACUGAUGGCCAUGAUCGAUGAUCUGGUGUGGAGGAACAGAUGUGCUCCUUGUUACACGGAAGACAUGAUGAACGUCAGCAAAAGACACAACUUCUGAUUGUUUCCCUUUCCCUCAGAGACCAGAAAGUCUCUCUAAUUCAGCCUCUCCUCCAGGGGUGAAAUCUAAAAAAAUUUGCCACCAGUUCUGUGGUCGUGGCUUGGUGGUCGUGGCUUGGUGGUUAUGUGACUGGGUGGGCAGGGCCUACAUGACACCAAUCACAUCAUUCUUUCUUCUCUUUCUCUCUCCCUUUCUUUCUCUUUCUUUCUUCUCUCUCUCCCUUUUUUUCUUCCUUCCUUCCUUUCUCUUUCUUUCUUCUCUCUCUCUUGUCAGCCCCGCUUCACCAGGGCUGUCAUUCUGGCGGGGACGGCAGCCGACGGAGUCAACCACUCCACAUUCCAGCCAUUCGGGAAGCCUCACCCUGCCUCCACUUGCUAGCCCUGCAUCCUGUCGCUCGCUGGUGGCUCCCUCUCCUCGCUGAUUCUGAUCUUGCGUGAUAUUGCAGUGCAGUACUUUAGGCCUCGGUUCUUUGCGAACUGAAGCCUGCACAAGAAUGGAGGAAAGGCCUCCCUAUUUGCAAAGCCUUUUGCUGUGGAUCUCGAGUAGGUCUCGGUUUGCAGAGAUCUGAGGCCUAAAGUAUUGUAGUCAGUGGUGAAAUGUAAAAUUUGUUGCUACCAGUUCUGUGGGUGUGGCUUGGUGAGCCAUGUGAUUGGGUGGGCGUGGCCAA